UUUCUUGAGUGUUCCGUUCCCGGUUGUCACCAAGGCGACGUGACGCUACCUGCUCGAUCAUGGUAUUUGUGACACGUUAAGAAACAAAAUAAUAAAAGAAGUUUGGAAAGAAUAUAAGUGAAAAUACUCUAAACUGCCAUAAUGUCGGAUACAGAGAAAGACAUUGAAGACAACAACCGCCACGAGAAUUCCUCCGAUUCUAAAAACGAAUCGGAAUCUAAAACAGAAGAAAGUCCUUCGAAGAAAGAGGAAUCCACUCCUCAAAAGCCUUUAUCAGCUGCGGCGCCUAAGGAGGAGCAACCUGCUCCUCAAAAGGCUCCUGUAGCAAACACCGAGAAGACGAAAGAAAAAGAUGACAAAAAGGAGCAGCAGAAGUCAAAGGAGGAAGCAGACGAUGAGCAGAGACAUACAGCAGACGACAAGGAAAAGGAUGACGACACGGGUGCGCGUAAGGUAACUUUCGAUUCUCAUGGUGAUAACUCCAAUGAAAGCAAAACUCAAGUUGAUCCAAGCGCAGAGAAUAAUGAUAUGCUUAAAAAUAAAAAUGGAACAGAGAACAAACAACAAGAUAAAGAAGCAGAGAAAGGCAAUAACAUGGACUUAGUGGAUUUAGAACGUAUAGAAAGUGAGAACCAGACUGUUAACACAGAAACUCAUGAUUCAAACUCAAAUACUGAACCCGAACAAAAUUCCAAACGCAAAGGCUCCCCAGAGCCCGAGCAAUCCAAACACGUUACAGAAUCUACGUCUAAGGACAAUGACAAUAAAGAAAAUAACGGUGAUAAAAAUAAAAGUGAAGAGAAAGGAGGCGACGGAUAUGUGCCAUUGGACCAAUUAUGGUCCAGUCCCAAGAGGGAAUUCAAAGGAUCGGAACGCCAGUAUAGUACUGUAUCAACCUCGUCUUAUCUUGAACGGAAAAGAUCUGAAGAAAAAGCAAAGACAGAGUCUCAAACAGAAUCUGAUGGGUCUGAAAAAAGAGUGGAGCGACAGUACAGUUCUGUAUCAACCUCGUCUUACCUCGAACGGAAAAAAUCAGAAGAAAAAGCAAGGGCAGAGUCUCAAACAGAAUCAGAUGAACCUGGAAAAAGAGUGGAGCGCCAGUACAGUACUGUGUCAACUUCUUCUUACCUUGAAAGGAAAAGGUUAGAAGAAAAAGCAAGGACAGAGUCUCAAACUGAAUCAGGUGAACCUGAAAAAAGACCGGAACGCAAAAGCAGUUCUGUAUCAACCUCCUCUUAUCUUGAAAGGAAAAGAUCAGAAGAAAGAGCAAAAGCAGCUUCUCAAACUGAAUCAGAGAAACCCGAGGAACAGAGGGAUGAUAGUGUGAAAGAAACUAGUCUUAAUUCAAGUGACAAUAAAACGUUAAUUCAACCUAUUGGUGAUACAAAAGACAGCAAAGAAGAUGAUGGUAAAAACGAAGAAAGAAAGCCAAAUGUUGUUGAACCGUCAAAAGCUAAUGAUGAAGAUGAUGCCAAAGAUGUUUCUGAUUAUAAUAAAGAAGCACGAAAUUCAAAAGAGUCGUCUAACGCUCAACGAAGAGUGUCUGACAGUGAAAAUACAGCAGAAUCUUGCGGUUCUCCAAAACAAAAAGAUCAAUCGAAAACCGAUUAUUCCCAAAACGAAACGGAGGAAGCUACAAAUGAGAAAAAAAUCGCAGAUAGAGAUAGGAAAAACGAGGUUGAUGAAGAUGACUGGCGAUAUGAAGAUAAAAUUUCUGACAAUGAUGAUAAUAGAGAAAACGAGGAGGUGACGAUCCCCAUUGCUCAUCAAGAAGAUGAAUACAACGAGAAGAAAUUCGAUUCCGAAUCGGAAGACGACAUAUCAGUGCAUGACACUACACAAUACAAGGAAGAGCCUCAAAGGGAACCCGAGCAAGAACCUGUAAAACAAACCAAAGAACCACAGACGAAGAAGAAGAAAGACCAGCCAAAGAAAGGUUCCUAUCCCUCCCCCUCCCCACGGCCUUCUUCCCAACCCAACAGGAACACUCAGAGACCGGUAGCUCGGAGUGCCCAGCCAACCAGUCGACCCGGCGAAUCCCGCAGAGCUCUCUCCCCCGCUCAGAUGAAGUCUCCUAGAAAUCAAAGCACUCCUAGAUCACGACAGAGACCAAAGACCACGCCAGGGGGACCACGAGUUCACUCGAGAAUAGGUUCAGAAGAUGGACAGAAGAGACAGAAGGAGUUCUUCAAAGCAGAGCUGACCAGGCUACAGAGAAGCCUGAAGGACGAAUCAUCCAAAAUAUCCAAACCCAAACAUAGAGAACACUACCCGUUUGUGUGGACUAGUCUCGAGCCUUACUACAAUACAUACGUGGCUCGCUUUUUGAUCGAUGCUCAAGAAGAAGCCAUUUACCACCCUAUUACACGGAAAACCCCCUCGGAGACUGAGCGACCUGUCAGCCGCGCCCGACCCAUAAGUCGGGGCAAGCUCUAUGCGGAGGACCCCCAGCCCGGAUACGUCAGCAGGAACACCGCAAUCGGACUCUGCGAUCCAUGGACUGACCUCCGGAUGGACCGGGAACUCUUGCCGCGGUUGGAAACUCCCUCGAAGAAGUCCCGGGCGAAGGGCCAACAGAAUGCCAAAAAGGGUAAAAAGGAGAAACCACCAAAACAGGGAAGCACCCGACUGCCAAAGUUCCCAGUGGUGGAAUUCUCCUCCGGCAAAGAAAACGCCACCAAAUGUUUCCCGUACAGCGAAGUGCCCAAAUUUAGGCAGGAGGUCAUGGGUCGCUACAAGCAUGAUGCUCCCAAAAAGGUGAAUGCCGACUACAGUCGAACCAAGGACGACUUUUACCGCAUGGAUUUGGACAGACUUGACGAGGUCCAUCCUAUUAACCGCCGGCACAUGCGCAAAGCCUACUUUGCUUACCUUCAGAAUACGCCCGGGUCGAAGAAGGCGAUCAAAGAAUGUGUGAAAGACCUGAACGGCGAGCAAGAGCAGAAAGUUCACUGAAGGGAGGUCGUGUUCAAAGAGAGACAGUGCUUGCUUCAAUCUAUAGUUUAUGUCUGUGAUAUUCAGGAACUUUUAUCUUUAUUUUACUUCUUAUAUUUUAUUGUUAUAAAAAAAACUUGUAUGGUGGUUAGGUCAUUUGAAAAUGUCUUAACGUAUGACAGGAAAGUAGAUAUUUAUAUGAGGGACUCUCUGUGAUUUGUAAAUUUUAAUCCCUCUAAUAUUCAAGAGAUUACUAGAACAUGAUUUAUAAUAGAAAGGGCGAAACUGUGAUAUAAGUCAAUCAUUACUCCCUACAGAGUUCAAAAUAGGCCAACUCUACAUCAUUUUUCGCUAUUUUAAUUUUUUGUCGUUUUUUUUUUACACGGUAAAAAACAGUGCUGCAUAAGAAACAGUCUUUGUCACCAAUGGCAUUGCAAGAACGAUAACUCUGAAUGCAUUGGCAUUGCACCUCUUCUGUAUUGACAAGUUUGAUAAACAUGUUUACUGAGCAUAAAGUCGACAGAUUCCUUUUCAUCAUGCAUGUGUUUUCUGUCUAAGGUGUAAACGCUUGCAUGUAUUGAUUCACGUUUACACGAACGUAUGUACCACAUUAAAAUAUAUUUUUAAGAA